CAGUCUCCUACCCCGCCACCCUCUGUUUUUUUUUCCCUUUCUCCGGAUACCUCGAAGCAAUCCUUCCUUCCAAACUAACUUCCCCUUCUUCUACACUUCUCUAUAAUCCUAAAGCCAAGAGGAAAACAUCAAUAGCAUCAGAUCUAAGUCUCUCGCCGGCUCCUACUCUUCUUCUUCCUCUUCCUCCCCCACCUCUUCUUCAUCGAUCUUCCACCAUGUUCGUGAGGAAACUUGUGGAGAAGGCCUCCAAAAAGCAGCAUAUCGGAGGCGGCAUCAGCGGUCUACGAGAGGAGGACGUGAACCCCCGCCUCACCUUCCACUAUGGUAUCCCCACCGAAGCCUCCUCCAUGGCUUACGAUCCCAUUCAACACAUUCUCGCUAUCUCCACCAGAAACGGACAGAUCAAGUUAUUUGGGAAGGACAACACCCAAGCUCUGCUGCAUUCCGAGGAAGCUGUCCCCAGCAAGUUCUUGCAGUUUAUGGAGAAUCAGGGCAUCCUUUUGAAUGUAACUGUUCAAAAUCGCAUAGAGGUGUGGGACAUUGAUAAGAAACAAUUGUGUAAUGUGCAUGUUUUCAAUGAGGAAAUUACUGCAUUUUCUGUCGUGCAACAAACUUUCUUCAUAUAUGUUGGGGAUUGCCUUGGAAAUAUAUCUGUUUUGAAGCUGGACCAUGUGCUAAAUCAUCUAGUGUACAUGCAGUAUAGAAUUCCUUUCUCAAAGUCCCAUGCUGAGGCGGACAAGGAGACUGCAGUCACAUGUAUAUUACCACAGCCAAUGGCAGAAAGCAAGAGGGCUCUUAUUAUUUUCAGAGAUGGAGUUAUGAGCUUAUGGGGUAUGCAAGAAAGUAAAGUAUUGUUCACUGCUGGUGGAAAUGUGCUACAUACAUCACUCAAUGAACCAAAAAAUGUAGUUUCAGCAUGCUGGGCAUGUGCGAUUGGAAGUAAAGUUGUUGUUGGAUAUGAUAGUGGAGAAAUAUUUCUUUGGGCCAUACCGCUGAUUUCAGCUGAGAAAACUGCCCCAGUGACAAACAGAAAAGAGUCAUAUGCUGCUCCAAGUGUUCCGCUUUUCAAGCUCAACCUUGGAUAUAAGAUGGACAAGGUCCCUAUAGUUUCUUUAAGGUGGUUUGCUGGUGAUGGAAGGGCAGGUCGAUUAUAUAUUAAUGGGUUCUCUGAUCGUGGAUCUUCUUAUUCAUUUCAGGUCAUAAUUCUCAAUGAUAACUGUGAAUCUCGGACGAUCAAGUUGGUGCUUCCUCUGACUGAAGCUUGUCUUGCAAUGGAACUUAUUUCAUGUUUCAGUGACCAGAAUAAACACCAGGAAAAUGCUCUUGUCCUCUUGUUAAAAUCAGGUCACUUAUGUCUCUACAAUGAUUCAGAGAUUGAACAUUAUCUGUUAAAGUCCCAAUCUAAAUCAUCACCAACACUCCCAAACCAGUUAAAGGUGAAGUUACCAUUUGGUGAUUCAGGAAUCACCAUCGCAAAACUGUAUACUUGCAACCUUGCAUCAUCAAUUCCUAUGGAUGAGGACCAUAUCUUGUCUGCCAAGAAAUACUCCCGCCUUCUUUCUAUUGGAAUGAAGGAAAAGGAUGGAAGUCCACGCUUCAGUGGAUUUUCAAAAUCAAAAAGCCUUCUUAUUACAGGACACCAUGAUGGAGCCAUAAACAUGUGGGAUGCGUCAUGCCCGCUUUUACUUCCAAUUUUAUCAAUAAAAAAGCAGAGUGAAGAUGGAAAUUCUUCAGGUGCUACACCAGUAACAUCACUGCAUUUUGAUGUUUCUUCCCAAAUCCUAGUUUCUGGAGAUCAGAAUGGAGUGGUUCGCAUCAUUAGAUUCAAAAAAGAGCAACUGGCCUCGGAGAAUAUUUUUUGCUUUCUUCAAGCAAAGCAAGGAGACAACUACAUAGUCCAUAUUGUCAAAGUUAAAGGAGCUGUAACAACCAUUGGUGUAAAUCCUGAUUCCAAGCAUUUUGCUAUUGGAACUGAGAAAGGAUUUGUAUCAAUAAUUGACAAGGAAGAAACCACUGUUUUAUAUCAGAAGCAAAUCCCAAGUCAACAUUAUAGUGGUAUCAUCUCUUUGCAGUUUAAAAAGUAUUGCCAAGAUGGCGUUGAGAGGAAUGUACUGUUGGUAGGGUUAAGAGAUUCAUCAAUUUUCCCUCUUGAAGAAGAUACAGGAAAUGCACUUAGCAUUAACUAUGUUCAUACCAAGAAACCCUCUAGAGCUUUGUUGAUGGAAAUGCUAGAUGCAUCUCCUGAUGGAAUGUGGAUUUCAGGUGGCCAGGAUGUAAGUAAAGAAGGUUCUUUCCAAGAGGCAGCACCAAAGCAGUCGCUACUGUUGCUUUGUUCUGAAAAUACUGUGCGUUUAUAUUCUUUGAGUCAUGCAAUUCAGGGGAUUAAGAAGUUAUGUUGCAAGAAAAAAUUAAGCAGAACUUGUCGUUUUGCUUCAGUUCUCUAUGGACCUUCUUCUGAUGCUGGACUAAUACUUGUCUUUGACUGCGGCAAAAUAGAAAUAAGAUCCCUCCCAGAUCUAACCCUCUUAAAGGAGGCAUCAAUAAUAGGUUCCACAAAUUCGUCACGGAAGUCAAAUCUGAAUCCAAAUGUACUGUGCAGUUCAUCUGAUGGAGAACUUGUUAUGGUUAAUGGAGAUCAGGAGAUUUUAUUUUUCACGACUUUAUCUCAGGAAUUCUACAGGAAUCUGGAUUAUAUUAAUCAGGUAUAUGAGAAAGAUGUUGUUGCCCUACAAGAAGGAAUUUCCUACUUAACAAAGACCCACAAAGAAAAGAAAAAGGGAGUAUUUAGCAUGAUUGUCAAAGACCUAAAGGGGAAUAAGACAAAACACAGUCAAGAAAUUGAGGCUGAAGUCCCCAGCACAAGUACCUCUGAAGAACUCUCUGCCAUAUUUUCAACAGCUAAUUUCUCCCCAGAUGUUGAGAGAAGAGAGAGCUUAACAAAAGAUGGUGAAGAUGUUGAGCUGGAUAUAGAUGAUAUUGACCUUGACGAUACUAAAGUAAAACAUAAAGGACGAAACUUUGCAGUUUUAAAUAAGCAGAAGUUUGGGAAGCAAUUUCAGGCCCUCAAAGGUAAAUUGAAGCCCAAGAGAGAUGAAAAGGUGAGGUCAGGGAAUUACAGUCACAAAGAUGAGAGUGUUAGUGAAAUUGAUCAAAUCAAGAAGAAGUAUGGAUUUUCUGUAAGCAAUGAGGCAAGUGUUCCAAAGAUAGCCGAGAGCAAACUAAGGGAAAAUGAAAGGAAGUUGCAGGCCAUUGGUGAGCGGACAUCAGAGAUGCAGAAUGAUGCUCAGUCAUUCUCAUCGUUGGCAAAUAAAGUGCUACAAGCUGUACAGGGCGAAAGGAGUAAAUAACAGCAGUCUUGCUUUGUAUAUCUCUGAUUUGUCUAUAUUUAUGAUUUAAGACAGGCUUCUUUCACAUCAAUCUUUGACUUGUACUUUCCAUAUAUUCAACCUGGUAUGCAGUUUUACUUUGCGCUGUGUUGAGUUCUGUAAUUAUGUUCUUCAUUGGAUUAAUUGGCUGCACUUUU